GGAAAUGGAAGGAAAACCUUAUUCACAAAAUUCUCCCUUUCCUUUCCUCCCAAAAUUGGAGGAAUUUGGAAGGAAAGAAAGAUUUUAAAUAUUUCAAGUUUAAAAUUAGAUUUCCCUUACCUUCUCUUCCUUUAUUAAUAUGAUACCUAACAAUAAAUUCCUCUUCUUUUCCUUCCUAUACUAAUAUCAAACCAAACAUUAGAUCAUAUAGUUUUUUCCUUUCCUUUCUUCUUCUUCUUUCUUUUCCCUUCCCUUCCCUUCUAUUUCCUUUCUUUCCUUUACUAAUUAUUGAACCAAACAAAGCCUUAAUUAGACCAAAUCUCACUCUCUGUUACCCUUUUGUUUUUCUUCUUUUACAACUUAUAUUAUUGUUUCAUACGCUUUUAUAGAUCGUCAAAAAAACUAAAGGUAAUAUCAUUUUCUUUCAGAAAAAAAAAGAGAAUAUUUAUAUUCUAAAAUACUGUAGUUAAUAAUAAUAAUAUUCCCAAACAAAAAAACCUACCUAUAUAUCUACAAGCUUUCUUCUUCAUUUUCCACAUUCUUCUUCUUCAUCCCUAACCAAGCAAAAAAAAAAAAAAAAAAGAGAGAAAGAGAAAGAAGAGAGAAAUUAUUGUUAUUAUUAUUACUACAUUAAUUUGAUAUCUCAAGCUAUGUUAAACCAAAGUUUAAUGGAAGAUCAUCAUCAUCAAAUUGGAUUAUCAAGCUCUCAAAUGGGUUUUUACCUAAACUCUACAAAUCUGACUAGUUUUUCUCCACCACUUGUUCUAAAUCAUCAACAACAAUCUGAUGAUCUUAAACCCUUCAAUAAUUUUUUACCUUCUUCUUUUGGUUUAGAUCAUGUAACUUCUACUCUUACUCAAGCCCUCCUUUCUUCCACUAAGCCUAGACAAGAAGAUUACUUAUCCUCAUCUUUUACUAACAAUUUACCUCCUCUUUUUUCUCCUCAAAAACCAACCCCAAAUUACAACCUAUGGGCGGCGUGGGGAGAAGGGAAGGAGUACCAAUUAGCUGGGAGCAAGAGAAGUUGUAAUGGAGAUGAUCCACUACUCGGGGUAUCGACCGUGAAGAUGAAGAAGAUGAAAGCAAGAAGGAAGGUUAGAGAACCAAGAUUUUGCUUCAAAACCAUGAGUGAUGUUGAUGUUUUAGAUGAUGGUUAUAAAUGGAGGAAAUAUGGCCAAAAAGUUGUCAAGAACACCCUUCACCCUAGGAGUUAUUACCGAUGCACACAAGACAACUGUAGAGUGAAGAAGAGAGUGGAGAGACUAGCUGAAGAUCCAAGGAUGGUCAUCACAACUUAUGAAGGUAGACACAUCCAUUCUCCCUCCAACGACCUCGAUGAAUCGCAAGGCGGCCAAACCCAGCUUAACAACUUCUGGUGAUCAUUGAUCAUAUGCUACAAACUACGAAUUCUAUGAUUUAUAGUUAACCUAGUCUUUUCCCUUUGUGGUACCAUGUAUGUAGUCGUUUAAUUACACUAAUUGUCUACGACAAACACGUACGUACCGAGCUGCUGGUGUUGUUUUUAAUAUGCCAUGCCAAAUCCAAACCAAAAUCAUGUAGUUGUUAUGUUUAUUAUCAGUUCAUGUAAAUGUCUAGUACGUAAACUUUGAUUUUUUUUUGCAUGUUAUGUGGGUCGUCUAUUUUAUGGGAAAAAUAAUAUACCAAGUAAAGCACUUGUAAAAUUUACUUUUUACUGUAGUUCUUGAUAUAAGAGUUGUUGUUAAAUUAUUAGAACA